CCUGCUGCUUGCUGCUGCACAUCCCGAUACCUGGCACUCACACUCUCACAGCACUGCUCAAAACCCACACACUGCAGAUGCAGGCCCUUCCUACGAAUCGUGUCAUCCAGUGGAAGAGGCUACUAUACUACUUGCGUGCAAGGGCUGACUGGAGGGACCCUAUCCAGGAUGAUGAUGACUGCAGAGGAAGGUACUCCCCUUCAUUGGGCAUCGGCUGA